GGCCCCGCUGCCGCCAUGGAGCCCUUUGGUGGCCCUGGCAGCGGUGCUGGUGACGGCCGUGUCCCCCCCUGCAGGAUGGGAAACGAGGCAUGGACCCGCAGCGGGGACACGGAGCGUGGCUCCUGCAGGGCCGGGGCUCACAGCGCGCCUGGGGGUGGCCUCCUGCAGAGGAGCCAGGGGACCCGCGGCGCUCCCUGUCCUUCCUGACUGAGGAUGCCACCGACGGCAGCAUCUGCGCUGCGCUCCCCGAGGCCGGGUCCCUGCUGCAGGAGCCAGGGGGCUGCAGUGGUUUGAGGGGGCCCCUCCCAUCCCUCUCCAUCCCCUCCUUUGCCCCAUGGCCCCAGGGGGACCCCGGGGGCUCAGCUGUGCUCCCGCAUCCCCUCGCCUCCAGCACGCUGCUCUCAGAUGGGGAUGAGCUCAGGGAGGGACCCUGGAGCAGGGCCGUGGUGGGAGGCUCGGGGGCUCCCCCCCAGGUUCUCCCACAGCUCCGCACUCGGGUUCCCCCCAGUCCCUGUCCCCCGCGGGUGUUUGGUCCUGGUGGGUCCCCGCGCCAGCCCCAGCGCUGCAGCAGGGUCCUGCGGACACACGGGGCAGCCCCUGAGGCUCCCGGGCCCGGUGGCAGCUCUGGGGACAGCAGCAGUGACAGCGAGUGCUUUGUUAGUGCCCUGGAGACCCUGGGGCCUCGCUGCUGCUGCUCCUCCACGGGGCUGGAGCUGGGUGAAGGCCCAAGUGGAGCUGGCGCCAUGGAGCUGCCCCCCCCCAGCAUCCCCCCAGCCCCAGAGCGGGCGGAGGGGGGAGGUUUCAGGGGAGCCCCGAGGGCACCCCCUUGCUGCGAGGAUGCUUCGGACACGGGUGACGUAGGGGAGCUCCUCACCCAGCUCCAGGGGUGCAGCCUCCAGGGAUCCCCCCCUUCCACCCCAGGGGCUCUUCCCAGGCUCAGCGCUGGGGAUGCCGGCCCGCAGGAGCCCCCCAUGUACCAGCAUGUCACUCCCAGGACACGGAGCCGCCUCCUGGCCUCUGCAGAGCGCUUCGGUGCCUCCUCCUCCUCCUCUGUUCUCUCUGACACACUGGAGAUGCCACGGAGGCCCCCCAGGGUCAGAGCACCCCGGGCUGUCCCCAGGGAUCCUGCUACCGCCUCAGGGCGCUGCGUCACCCAGCAGGACACGGAUGUGUGCAGUGGGGACAGAGAGGAGACAGGCUCUUUGGGUGACACUGUGCUCCUCCCCGGAGCCCCCAGCAGCUCCCCUGGCUCCAGCCCCACGGUGCCGCUGCUCCCUGGGGACCCCCAGUGCCCCCCAUCAGAUGCUCAGGGCUCCUCUGGCUCCAGCCCCACGGUGCUGCUGCUCCCUGGGGACCCCCAGUGCCCCCCAUCAGAUGCUCAGGGCUCCCCUGGCUCCAGCCCCACAGUGGCACUGGUCCCUGCGGACCCCCAGUGCCCCCCAUCAGAUGCUCAGGGCUCCUCUGGCUCCAGCCCCACAGUGCUGCUGGUCCCUGGGGACCCCCAGUGCCCUCCAUCAGAUGCUCAGGGCUCCCCUGGCUCCAGCCCCACGGUGCCGCUGCUCCCUGGGGACCCCCAGUGCCCCCCAUCAGACGCUCAGGGCUCCUCUGGCUCCAGCCCCACGGUGCUGCUGGUCCCUGGGUACCCCCAGUGCCCCCCAUCAGAUGCUCGGGGCUCCCCCUGUGCCACCCUCAGGGCGCUGGAAGGUGGCUCUGGGUGCCAGGACCCUUCGCCCUUGGGGGCACCACAGCCCCAGUGGCUCCACAGGCGCUUCUGCCACCUCCUGGCACCGCGGGCCCUGCCUGUGCCUCCCAGCACCCAAGAGCACCCCGAGUGCGAGGAGCAGGAGCGGGCACCCCCCGAGCGCCACGGCCCUGGCCCCGAGGACACGGCCCCGCUGCGGCCCCUCUCGGAUGAAGGCCUGCGCCGGCGGCUGCGGGCGCUGGGGGAUGAUCCAGGGCCCAUCACGGGGCUCACCAGGCAGCUCUACCUGCGGCGGCUGGAGGAGCUGCUGAGGACAGCCCGGAGCAGCCCAGCGGGGCACAGCCCAGAGCUGGCAGCCGCGCUGCAGAGCGGCCUCAUCCCUGACUGCGCCCAGGACGAGCUGGUGCUGAGGCAGGAGUUCGACCGCCCCGACCGGAGCCGGCACUGGCGGGAAGGGCUGGUCAAGUCCAGCUUCAACUACCUCCUCCUCGACCCCAGGACCACCCAGAACCUGCCCCUCCGCUCGCACCAGCUGAGCCCCGCCGAGUGCUUCAGGACCUUCAUCCAGGCCAUCUUCUAUGUGGGCAAGGGGACACGCACGCGGCCCUACUGCCACCUCACCGAGGCGCUGGGCCAGCACCACGCUGGCACGCAGAAGGGCGGUCCCAAGGUGCGGCGCAUCCUGGAGAUCUGGGCCAGCGGACACGGGGUGCUCUCGGUGCACUGCUUCCAGAGCACGGUCCCGGCCGAGGCGUACACGCGGGAAGGCUGCAUGGUGGAGGCUCUGGGUGGGGCUGCAGAGCAUCACCAACCAGAGGAAGGGGCUGUGCUAUGGCACGGUGGCACACUGGCCAGCGGCACGGCGCCGGCGCCUUGGCGUUCAGAUGCUGCACAGGGCCAUGAGCAUCUUCCUCGCCGAGGGCGAGCGGCAGCUCCGGCCGGUGGACAUCCAGGGUGGGCGCUGAGCACCCUGGGGUGCUGUGCGGGGGGGGGGGGGGGGGGUAUCCACUGCCUGCACCUCCCCUCUUGCCCUGUCCCAGGAGGUGGCUGUGCUCGGUAUGGGUUUGAUGUCGUCAACACUGGUGAGAGUUUCUCUCUUCCUCUCCAAGGGGAUAAAUAAAUCACUGAAGGUCUUUUAUUUUGGCUAAGAAAUCCAAGCUCCCUGGUUCCUGCCUUCCCUUCCCAGGCCUCUCCCCUGUGCCCGGCACAUCCCUUCCCCAUGGACUCAGACACCGGAUAGAACACAGCUUUACUGGGGGGAAUGGCACUAGCGCGGCAGCGGGCUCGGGGUGCGCGGUUGGCCUUGGCCUCAGCGUGAGCAAUGUGGGUACAAGGACACAGGCUCCGUGGCCAAUGGAGCCUGAGGAGCCGUGGCCUGAAGCUGGACACCAGGAGCUGCCUGGGGGGGUGUCACAGUUGGCGCAAAGCCGUGUUUUGGGGUACAGUGGGGUUUGUGGGUGCCCUCAUUGCAAACCCUGGGGUGCUGUGUGGGGUCCCCUGGGCAGGACGGCAUGGGAAGGG